GCAUCAUGGCGGCCCUUGACAGUGGAGAGAACGGCCGCUAUUUUGCCUGUUAUUUUUCCAUCGUAACUAAUAGAGGCAAUGGCGGAUAUAUCUAGCUAGCGGAUAUGAAAGCCUAGUCAUGGGGCUCCACUUAGUGACGUGUUAGGCUUACAAUAAGUGAGAAAUGAAGCAGAUAUUGGCGGACAAAUGGGGAAGGCUGCCUCCACCUCAGCUGAUAACAUUAAUAGUAAUUGACGAACACAACACACCACGUGGAGAGAAGCAAGGUGUGGAGUACCCAAGCCUCUCACAGUCCAUGCUAGUAGACUCACCCUGCAUGUGGAGAUCUCCCAAAAUGCACGGAGGUUAUUCCAGAGCUGCAGGACAGAGUACUUGAGGCCAUUGGUGAACAGAAAGCUGAGGUUGAACAAAGCCAAGAAUUGAUAGCUGCCCAAGGUGUAAGCAAGAUUCACAAUGAUGAGGUCAUUGUGACGUGUGCAAUGUGUCCACUGGUCUUGGCCUUCCUGACCAAGGCAGCCACACAAAGGAAAUUCCACGUUAUUGUUGCCGAACGUGCCCCUAAAUAUGAUGGUCACCCAGUGGCAAAAGCUUUAUGUACUGCUGGAAUUGAGACAACAUUAAUUCAAGACUCUGCAGUGUUCCCCAUCAUGUCACGUGUCAACAAGGUCAUCAAGGUCAACGGAGGCAUUGAGACCUUUGUUGGUGCAGCCUCUCUUGCCUCACCACCAAAGUUUUAUUCUGUUCCACUGUAUGUGCGCACUCCCACAUACAAAUUUAGCUUGAUGGGCUGUGAAGAAAUAAGCCACCAAACCACCACUUCUAUUAUCCCAGAGGGAACAAAGUUUUGGCCGUCUGUAAAUACUGCGCUGACUCAGCUAGAUUACGUUCCUCCAGAAAAUGUCACCAGUUUGAUAACUAACAAUCGAGGUACUGCACCAUCCUAUGUGUACCGGCAGCUUAGCGAACUGUACCCUCCCACUUCUUGUGUAACAAGAAGGUAACAGGUUUAAUCCUUGCAAAUAAGGAAUAAGAGAAAAGAGACACACCUGCCAUUUGUACUGUUAUGCUGUAGUGUUCUGUCAUUUUUUUCCUCUUUUAUCCUAGAACCAUUUUUGGUCAUUCAUGUUUCUAAAAAUUAUACAAAAAUGUUGAGCUUAAUAUGUUUGGUGUAGUUUUUUGUAACAUGUGUUAUUGUUAAUGUGUGUGGUUCCCCUCAGGAAGAAUGUUGCAGUAUUAGCAGUAAUGUUACAGCCAAUGGAAGUGUCUGUAUUGUGCUUUGGUGGGAGGUUAAUUUGAUGUAUUUUUAGAGUUGUGCAGGAUAUUAUAGCAAGCCCUCAAAAUAAAGAAAAUAACUAUAGAAAACA